AUGCAAAGAGCGAAGGAGAAGGAACGACGCGAGGACGACGCGAGCGCGAGCGCGGCGCUGAUACCGGCGAAUAAAAACGCGGUGGACGAUCGACCGGAACCGGCGAUAUUCGCCAAGAAUAGAGCGUUGAUUAAUUUGCCGAAAAUUCGCAAGAAGGAGGACGCCGCGGCGGAGGUGCCGUUCAACGGUUUAGGGCGCAUUUCGUUUGGCGGCGCAAAUCCAGAGGUGGAACUCGCGCACGAGAAGUUGAAGGAGCAACGAAGACAGUUGAAGGCGUUGAAACAGGCGCGCGCGAGUAACGAUGCAGAUGUGGCGGAUGAUGAGAUGGCUGCGGCGGCGUUCGCGGCGAAGAAAUCGAAAAAGAAGCGAACGGCGGGGAGCGAUUUUGGCUUCGUCAAGCCGCCCGCGCUCGAUUCGAAAAAGCAAAAGAAAGGACAACAUUAG